UCGACAACGCAGCGUAAACAUUGCUGGACGUUGCCGUUGUAUAAUUAAACCUUCCGUAGACUUUAAUUCCGUGAAUCCAAUCACAAUAAGUUAAAAAAUAUCAGUAAUCAAAAUAUCAUGUUGUGGCAAUAUCAGUAAUAAGAAUAGUACUGAUCAUAUUCUAGAUUCACGCGUGCGCAAAUGUGACCGUGCGUGCGUAAUACGCGUGUGUGUGUGUCAAUUUUUAUCUAUCUCAAGUAUAUAUAUAUCAUAACGUGAUAUCUCUCCACGAAUUUUAUAUGAGCCAAAGAAAUUGAUAAAGGAGAUUUCUAAAAAUCGAUCGAACAAAAAUUCAUGCUCUGUGCCGACAAUGACUAAUCGCACUCCAUUAUUCUUAUUAACUAUUUUCGUCGCUUUAAGUCUGACAUUUGCGUAUGAUAACGCCGACACGGAUGAAAAUGAAAAUUCGCACGAUGUUUCCGCGCGGUAUCGACUACCCAAGAAAAUCGUUCCCAUAUCCUACGAUCUAUCGAUCUACACGCACCCCACUGACGCGGAUUACAAUGGCCACGUACGGAUUAUCCUGCGAGUGCUCAAAAAAACAAAUUUUAUCGUGCUGCACACGGAUACAUUAAACGUACAAGCAAAUGCAUCUUUAGCGGAUAGAUCGGGUCAGCUGAUUCGAAUUUUGCGUUACAUUCACGAUGAAGAAACACAAAUGCUUACGAUUAAACUCGAGCGCGCACUAGACCCGGCAAAAUACACGUUAGAAGUAUCCUUCAAAGGACACAUCGCAAAUGACGUAUUCGGCUUUUACGCAAGUCUGUACGAAGUUGAUGGAAAACUGAGACGAAUAGGCGUAACUCAAUUUUCACCCACAUACGCACGUCGCGCAUUUCCUUGCAUGGACGAGCCGUAUUUAAAAGCGGAAUUCCAAUUGCAUAUAGGCCAUCAUAAGGAUCAAAAGGCGACGAGUAAUACUCCAGUGGAAUCUGUACGAAUAGAAAAUGGUACCUACCGCGUGACCACAUUCCGUCGCACGCCGCGAAUCUCCACAUACUUGGUAGGAUGGACGGUGCACAAUUUUGUCCCGGAACGAUCGAGAAUUUCGGAGGACUUCAAGAUGUGGACGAGAGACUCCAUGAAGUUUCGCGGAUCGAUGGCCUUGAAUCGCGGCCAGGCGGUUUACGCGGCGCUGCAGACGUGGUUAUCGGUGAAGAGCCCGCUCGUCAAGGUCGAUCAAUUCGCAAUACCGGAUUUCACUUUCAACGCGAUGGAGAAUUGGGGCCUCGUCACUUACAGGGAAUCCGUGGUGCUGCACGAGGACGGGACCCCGACGAGAAAAGCGGUGAACGGACUGUCGACGAUGGCGCACGAGUACGCGCACAGUUGGUUCGGCAAUCUGGUGACACCCGAAUUCUGGGACGUCGUCUGGCUGAAAGAGGGCUUCGCCACGUAUUUCCAAUACUUCGGCGUGUCCUUAGCGGAGCCGGAUCUGAGAAUGAUGAAUGUAUUCGUAGUAGAUUGCCUGCAGCCGGCCCUGCUCGCAGAUUCCGACAAUCAUACGCGCACGUUGAACGGUCGAGAAGUUGGAAGCCGUGACAGCGUUAGGGCUACGUUGGAUUUUGUCUCUUAUAAAAAAGGUGCAUCCAUAAUUCGCAUGAUCAAUCAUACCAUCGGAAGCACAGCAUUCCAGUUAGGAUUACAAAAUUACUUGCGCGAGAUGUCGUAUCAAGCAGCCACUCCAUUCGACUUGUAUCGACACUUGCAGGCCGCAUUAAAUAGAUCAGGACAAUUGUACAAGCAAGUACCUAUAAAAGACUUCGUAGAAUCUUGGGCAAACCAGCCGGGAUAUCCUUUAGUGACCAUUACGCGAAACUAUACGACGAAGACUCUCUUCGCCUCGCAAGAACGAUUUUACUUGAACCGCCGAGCGGCGCAAACAGAUCUCGAAAAGUCGGGUUGGUGGAUACCGUUAACCUUCGUUACCGAAAAAUCGAAUUUUACAUUCGAUCGAACUACUACGACUGUCUGGUUGAAGCCACAAGACAAAAGCACGAUAAUCGGUUCCGCCGAGCCAAACUUCUGGGUGAUUUUCAAUAAUCAGCAAGUCGGAUAUUACAGAGUCAAUUAUGACGAGGAUAACUGGAAAAUGCUUAUCCGCUACUUGAAGUCGAACAAUUUCAAAAACAUACACGUAAUAAACAGGGCCGCGCUUCUAGAUGACUCUUUUAAUUUAGCUAGAGCCGGUUAUGUGAAUUAUUCCGUUCCAUUUGAUCUCGCGCGAUAUCUCAGGCGUGAAACCGAAUACGAACCGUGGGUCGCUGCGGUAAAUAAUUUCAAUUUCCUCAAUCAUAUUUUAGCCUGUUCACCGCGAGUACAACGGCUCUUUCAGAAUUACGCAAAUCGCUUACUUCGACCGAUAUCCGGUCUAUUAAACUUUAUGGAAAGUCCCGUCGAUAGUUCGAUAACAAAGCUGCAUCAGGAAUUGAUCUUAUCUGCCGCAUGCUCGGUCAACAAUGACCGCUGCUUAAGAACAUCGAAAACUCUAUUUAAUUUUUGGAUUUUCUCUGAGAAUAGCACAAUACCAGCAGAUUUCAAGAGUUUCAUGUACUGCGUGGGCAUUCGCUCAGGUGAUGAUAAUGAUUGGCACACAGUUUGGAACCGGUUUCUGCGCACUGACUUACACGCAGAACAGGAGCUCUUACUGAAUGCACUCGGAUGUACUAAAACUCCUCAUUUAAUUGACAGAUAUCUCAAUACGUCCGUAACAUAUGGAUUCAAACUUCGCAAACAAUACAGAAUGACAAUAGUUAAUGCUGUUCUAAACGGCAAUCCCGAAAACGUUAUUUAUGCCAUCGACUUUAUUCGCAAUAAUUUGCGUACAAUUAUUAAAUCAAGAGGAAUAGAUUUUUUAACGAAAAUGCUUACAGCUAUAGGCGAUAAAGUUAUUACGGAAAACCAAUUAAACAAGCUUCGCUUAUUUGUUGACGAGAACAUUAAGGACCUAGGAUCAGCAUUGAAUUCAGCAAAGAAAGCCAUUGCCGUGUCUACUGCAUCACUAGCAUGGAUCAAUAAAUUUUUACCUGAAAUCGAAAAAUCAGUGUUAUUUGGUUAGUUAUUUAAAGAUGUAUUAUAACAUAUACAUAUAUAUGUAUAUAAUGUGUUAUAUAUAAUAAUAUAUUAUGUAACUAAUAGAAUAUAUCUCAAUAUAAAUGUACAUU